AUGGAAACUGCGGAUGGAGAGCACACAGUAGAAAGUGGAGCCCAGCAGGAAGCAGGCAGAGGGCACUGGAACCACUCCGCCGAUGGCUUUGUCCUCACCAGCCUUUUUAAUGACAGUCAGAUGCACCUGUUCCUCUUCAGCACCGUGGUGUUGGUUUACAUCCUGGCUGUAGCCAGCAAUACCGCAUUGGUCCUGCUAAUCUGGGCUGAUGCCCGGCUCCACACACCCAUGUACUUCCUCCUCAGUCAGCUGUCCUUUCUGGACAUCUUUUUCACCUCAGUCACUGUCCCCAAGAUGAUAGUGGCCUUCCUCUUUGGCUGGACAAGCAUCUCAUUCAAGGGGUGUGGGGCACAAAUGUUUUUCUUCAUGUUCCUGGGAGCCGCAGAGUGUCUCCUGCUGGCACUCAUGGCCUAUGACCGCUACGUGGCCAUCUGCAGCCCUUUGCACUACCCAGUGCUCAUGAGGCGUCAGGUCUGCCUGUUCAUGGUUGUGGCCGCCUGGCUGGGAGGAUCCCUCAAUGCCUCCAUCCAGACCUCUCUGACCCUGAAGUUCCCCUACUGUGGCUCACGGAAGAUUGCCCACUUCUUCUGUGAAGUGCCCUCACUGCUGAAGCUGGCCUGUGCAGACACAGAAGCCUACAAGCAGGUUCUGUUUGUGACAGGUGUGGUGGUCCUCCUGGUGCCCAUUGCCUUCAUCACCACUUCCUAUGCCCUUAUCCUGAUGGCCGUGCUCCAGAUGCACUCCAUGGAGGGACGUCGGAAGGCCCUUGCCACCUGCUCCUCCCAUCUGAUGGUCGUCAACCUCUUCUAUGGGCCCCUUGUGUACACGUACAUGUUACCUGCAUCCUACCACUCUCCUGGGCAGGAUGAUGUAGUAUCUGUCUUCUACACUGUUCUCACACCCUUGCUUAAUCCUGUCAUCUACAGCCUCAGGAACAAGGAAGUGUUAGGGGCAAUGAAAAAGGUGAUAGGAAGGUGUGGGGUGGGGGUGGGGGACACGCCCAGUGCUAGGAGAAAGGCCUGA